AUGAUUCGUUCUCGGUUAGAACUAAUUACAUAUUUAUUUACGAAUUUAUUUAAGUUCAAUUUUAAUCCUUAUAAAAAAAUUCAUAAGGAUGGCCAAAUUCAAGAAAUCCACUUUACACAUAAUUGCAUCGGACAAUUAAAAGUUCGAAAAUUUACAAAAAAAUCCCAAAUUCAAAUCUUCACUACUGAAUCAUAUUUAAAUUUAUUAUUCAUUACCCUAACAUUAUAUAAACAUAGAAACCAGAUUAGUGAUAUUAUAAAGCUUCAGAAUAUCUCUACAUUAUCAUUCCGCCGAUUUAAUACAAUACAACAUGAUGACUCUCCAUCGACUUUACAAAGUAUAGAUUCAUAUUUUCAACAAAUUCAAGAAUCUACUAAUGGUGAACGAGUACAAAGUUAUCAAACUGUUUCUGAAACUGUUAACGCCGAAAAAUCAGAAUUAGAUGUUGUGUUGAAUGUUAGAAAAAAUAUUUAUUUAACAAAUUAUGAAAGGUUCAUAACCUAUCAAAAUAUAAAAUAUACCAUUGAUGAAUUUUUCGAAAUCCUACCUAAUGAUAUCGAAUUCCUACGUAAAGAUACUCAUCAUUUAAUGGAAGAUAUUGAAUCAACAUACAAAAAUAUAAAUGAUGAUAUUCUUAAUUUACGAAAAGAUAUAGAACAUUUAGAAAGCUUUUUUUUAAAACAGGA